AUGGCCAUGUUUGGUACUGAUGUGAAAAUUGGUUUGUCAUCAUCUUUACUACCAGCUGAAACAGUGGAAAAAUUAACCACUGAACAAGAAUUGGAAGAAAUAUUGCAAAGUGUCGUGUCAAACUAUGAACAAAGAGAAAAUCAUAGUGUUUCCGAUAAAGAGGACAGUACUGUAUCUAAUUGCUGUGAAUCGUGUGGCUGUACUCUUGGUAAUGAACAAACAUCUAUUUGUGGUUUAUGUGAUAAAAAAAACACCAUAGAAAAUGAGAGAAGCAAUUCAAAAUUAUCGCUUGAGCAACAAGCAAAAAAAAUGAAGUUCAGAUCCAUCAACAAAUUCCCACCAUGCAAUGUUGGCGACACAGUUAGAGUCAAACUACCAGAAGUAGACAGAAGUAAGGGUGAUCCACAGAAUGUACUCUUUGCGGUUGUGUCUAUAAGUGAUAAUCAAUAUUACGAACUCGGUAAUAAAAAUGGCACUCUUCAUCAACUUUAUUCCAGAAAUCAAUUCACUGUAUGCUCUGAACCAUUAAUAGAUAUUUUAGAAGUUUUAGCCACAAAAAAAUCUUUGCGUGAAAUAGCUAAUGAACAAUCUUUUUCCGGUGGUCAAGGUUUUAAGAAGUGUUUAUGUAAAACUAAAUGUUUAACAAAUAAAUGUAAAUGCAAAUCCGGGGGAAUACUUUGUAAUUCUAAAUGUCAUCCAAACUCAAAUUGUUCUAAUAAAUAA